GUGCUCUCAAAUACACAGUCACAACAGCAGGAGUGAUCUCACCUCCUCUCCACCCCUCCUAUCUGCCGCUGCUGCCAGCCUCAGCCCCCAAAAAACACAGCGCUACGUCCGUGAGCAGUGGUGCCGCUGGUGUGGUGGCGUGUGCGCACAGAGCCAGACGAGACGAGACGGUGCCGUGUCGUAUUCCUGGCGGUCCACGGUGGAUUUCCCCUGACCAGGACACACUACUGAGCGACAGCAGCGACCAUGGAAGAGCUUACGGCAUUCGUGUCGAAGUCGUUCGAUCAGAAAACCAAGGAGAGCACCAAAGAGAGUAUCACGUACAGGGAAGUUUUGGAGAGCGGCUUGACGCGGGCGAGGGAGCUGGGCAGCCCGGAGACAAACCUGCAGGACAUAGCGGAGGGCAACCACUGCCCGGUGCAUCUGUUCAAGGACCACGUCGAGCUGGAGAAGGAGAAGCUCAAGGACUUUAAUGUUUCCAGAGGGACAGAUGGGAUAUACGAGUGCAAGGAGAAGAAGGAGGACGUGAAGUCGGAGGACGAGGACGCGCAGGGCAAACUGAAGCAGCGGAGGAGUCGCACAAACUUCACCCUGGAGCAGCUGAACGAGCUGGAGCGGCUCUUCGACGAGACGCACUACCCGGACGCCUUCAUGAGAGAGGAGCUGAGUCAGCGGCUGGGGCUGUCCGAGGCCCGGGUGCAGGUCUGGUUUCAGAACAGAAGAGCAAAAUGUCGAAAACAAGAAAAUCAGAUGCACAAAGGUGUUAUUCUGGGCGGCGGCAGUCACCUGGACGCCUGCAGAGUAGCACCCUACGUCAACAUGGGCGCUCUCCGGAUGCCCUUCCAACAGGUCCAAGCCCAGCUCCAGUUGGACGGCGUCGCCCACUCACACCCCCACCUGCACCCUCACCUGGCCGCUCACGCUCCCUACCUGAUGUUCCCGCCCCCUCCCUUCGGACUACCAAUCGCAUCUCUCGCCGAUUCAGCCUCUGCAGCGGCGGCAGUGGCGGCGGCUGCCAAAAGCAACAGCAAGAACUCGAGCAUCGCCGACCUGCGACUCAAGGCAAGAAAACACACCGAGGCUCUGGGACUCUGACCCCACCGGGCUGCCCCUCCGCUCGCCUGAUGCCCAUAAUCGCCUCUCACACAAGACUGGGCUUGUGAAAGGGCCGUGACACUCACAGCUAAAACUAAACUAAACAAAAACACUGAGUGAGAAUGAAAAGAGAGGAACACAUACAGAGAGGGGGGAGAGAAAGUGUGUGUGGGAGAGAAAGGGGGAGAACAGUGGAGGAGGAAAAUAAAAAGAAGGAGGGAGUGAGAAAAUUGUCACAAAACCAGCUGCCAAAACAAACCACUUGUAGAGAACGGUAAUUAAAUACCAAUGAAAUCACCUUUUACUUUUCGCCCCAACAGGCAGGACUUCUGCGGGGCCAGUGGCUCAGUCCACUCCAGGCACAGAUCACAUCCCAAGGACCGUACAAACACAUGUGGAUGUCUGUCUGAGGGCCGGUGCCGGGGCCCGUCAGACCAGAGGACGUUAGAACAAAGCAAACUGGCAGGCAGCAGCAGGGCCAAAAGCAGAGCCUCGCUGACGCUGGCUGCCGCCAUGUUGACAAUGCGAACAGGUUGAGCAUGUGGGAAACAGACUCACACACCACCUCACCGAAGCAUUGGAACAGCUCUCACCUUUACAUCCCCCCCCCAACCCCCAUAGAAAAAUUAAGGAAAAAAAACUUUAAAAAAAGGCCAUAUUUGUCUCCAACCACUGUGUUCCAUGCUGCUGCCAAGUGCAUGAGCUCUAAUGGAGGACCAUUCUGGGACUGGCCUCCAUCCACACCUGACACAAUCGCUCGACAACUGUUUUUAACACUGCCAUUCAACACGCCGGCAGCCCCCCCCUACAUCUACAAAGUGAAAGGUCUCCAUUACGGUUUGAUAUCCCUCUUCUUCUGGACUUGUGCUAUAGCAAAAAAAGCAACAACUCCUUUUUCCUUGGCCGCAGAGGGGAGAGACAUUUUCUCUGUGUCGCUGGGCAUGUGUCGGCGAGGUUCGGUUUGCUUUUCUCCUCACAGCGUGCUCCCUCUGUCCUUAUUUCUUUCUGUUUAUUGUGUUGUAUCCUGGGUAAAGAAGUGAUGAUAUGCCUUUGCACUUCAGGUCUUGUAUGUGGGUGUUUACAAAUGGCACUUACAAGCAGAUACUACUUUACUAAUUAAAAGGGGGGGAGGGGAAUUUGAUAUCGUCAUGUGAUCAGCAAAACGGACAUUAUCUUGGAUAAAGGGUAUAAAUGAGAUUUUUUCUUCUUCUUUCUUUUGAAAUUCUGAAAAUAUGAAGAAAGCAUCAGUCUAACUGAAAUGCAAUGGUGUGCAGUUUAAGUGCAAUACUGUAAAUAGCAAAAAAAAAAAAAAGUAAAAACAGCUAGCGAGUUAGCUCUCAACGACAAAGAGACCCAAUGAUUUUCUGUUGCUUUCCGUGCACUGUUGGAGUGUUGAAUUUCUUUGCCAAACACACCAGUCUAUUCUACGGCAGUGUAUAUUUUGUUGAGUUGAAGAAAAGUCACUCGAAAAACCAGGUGCCAUAUCCCGCCGACCCUCCUAUGUAUCCAAGCGGUUUUGUAUACAUCAGGUACAGUUGUCACUUGUUGAGGAAGACAUGAGCACAUUUUUCUAAGCUGCAGAAAUAAGGGGUGAAUUAAAAAAAAUGAUCUUCGCUACUCUACUAACACAAGAGAAAAAAAUCCACUUACUGAUGGAUUUUUUGGAAAAUGUUCAUACUAGAAUCAACAAAUCAGCAUUGUAAUCCAAAAACCAAGCAGUUGUUUACAAUAUGAUUCGCUUAAUUCUGCAUGUUAUAUGUGACAUUUCAUCGUUGAUUUCCACCUAAUCCAGACUGUAUUUUCACAAAUUCCUCCAGACAAAAUCGCGACAUGUGGAUUGUUUUUGGAACUCAAAGAUUAUUUUGACAACCUUUUCAACACUGCUGUCAGAGCGGCGACACACGUGCAGCCCCGCUUAGGGCCUGCGUACCUCUAACAGUCUCCAAACAACAUUCUCUCUGUUCACAGACCUCCAUUUAGAAUCGUUUAUCUAUGUCUCCAUUUUAAAUUAAACAUAUGGGUGUUUUAUUUAUUAUUUUGUCAAAAAGGUUUAUGAAAGAUGAAAUAGUUGAACUACAAGUGUACAUUUUUACAUGGCUUUGCAUUUAUUUUUGUAUGUUUUUUUUUUUUUUUUUAAGUGUUUGAAUUAGGAGGUGUGGCUGUAGUGCAUUGUUUGCCUAAAAAAAUGUAGCGUGUCCAAGUUUACAAACAUUUCAGGGAUGGUUGAAUUUAAUAAUACUCCAUGGAAUUUGUUGUACCCAUUUAAAUGAUUCAUCAUUUCAUAUGCAAGCAUGCCUAAACAUGAAUCAUCGUACAGUUUGUUUUUUUCCCCCGUUUGAUUCACAAAUUAUGAAUGUACAUCUUGUACAAGUAAACUAUCAAUAAAGUUAUAAAUAUUUGUACUCAA